AUGGUCCUCAUACACACCAAAACCGAAGAGGAGACACACCAAUUUAUGUUCGAAACGAAUGUGGAUGUUUUGGUCGCCCACUUGAAAGAGGACCUGGUGAAGCUGCAUAAUCUCAGAUGCAAAAUGCUCAGACUGCUGGAUGCGUCGAUUCAGUUGGCCAACCAUGGGCCCCUACGACCGGAGGCCAUUCGGGGAAUUACCGACGAGGAACUGCGCCUGUCCAACCCUAACAUGUACAACCCAAAGGAAGUGACAAACCCUGAUGAGAAUAAUUUCAGGACGGGAAUUCCUCCUCCUCGUGAGGGGGAACUUAAACUGAGGGAUGCCAUCAACAAGGUGAAGCGGGCGUUAGCCGUGGACCAGACGGACAAGCGCGUCGCCAUAACCCAGGACAAACUAAACGAACUGCUAAAAUUGAUAGUGGAAGCCUUGAGCGCUUGCUACCCCUCGAUGGAGGGUCUGCCCCCCUACGACCCGACGAGGCUGCUCCUGGAAAAUGAAAACGCCUUCAACGAUGAUUUCACCACAAACGAAACGUCCAUCUGGUGGGCAGGCAAAGAACUCUGUGGGGAUUCCCCCCUUCGGAGUUAUAUAGGGAAGAAUGAAAAAACGAAAAUUAUCGUAAAGCUACAUCCAACAAAAAUGGGACCCCCAGAACGAGAAAGAAGAGUUGAUGAAGCAACAUACAAGGCUAUGUUGGCUUAUUAUCACAAGAAAAAAAAAGAAGAAAAAGAAUUUGAGGAAGACGAUGAUGACUCUUACUUGAAUUCUGAGUGGUCCAAUCCUCUCAGCUUGCAAAAAUAUCUCCACGGGAACUUGACCAACAUCCGGUGGAAGCCCUAG